AUGCAACUUUUACACACGCUAUUGUCUUUGUUUCUGUUUGUUUUGAUGACACAUGGCUUGGCUAAUCAAGGUGCCGGGGGAGGUGCUGGAGGUGAUGCCAAAACCAGUUCAAACACUAUAGUGUGGGUUACCACAACCAUUGAUGGAAAAUUGACAACGGCAUCAACGACAUUUAGUCAAACUUUCAUGUCUACAUACACAGAAGCAAAUAGUAAUGAUGUUGAAAGUGGAACUGUUGGUAUGGGUUCGUUGAGUGGAUCGGUGGGAAAUGUUAAAUCCUAUGACAAAACUACGAUAUCAAAUGCUGCUCCUGACGGUGCUGCUUAUAUGCCAUACAAUGUGUAUGCUGGAUUUGUUGGUGGAGUCGCUGUGUUGUUGGGAUUGUUUUAA